GAACAUGGGGCGUGGUCACACGUGACGAUAACGUCAUGUUUUUGUGUCAGUCAACCCGAGUGGCAAAUAAACGGUCCCAGCCAAACAGGCAGGCUGUCAAACGCGUCAGUUUGCUCAUCACAAACGGGGCACCCCUGUAUGGGUGCCAUGGUCUUCAGUAACACAUGAGCUCUACUAUGUGGUACAUUAUGCAAAGCAUUCAAAGUAAAUACUCCCUGUCCGAGCGGCUCAUCCGCACCAUCGCCGCCAUCCGCUCCUUCCCGCACGACAACGUAGAGGAUCUCAUUCGCAAGGGCGCUGAUGUGAACCGCAUGCACGGCACACUGAAGCCCCUUCACUGUGCCUGCAUGGUUGCUGAUGCCGACUGUGUGGAGCUGCUACUGGAGAAAGGGGCAGAGGUGAACGCUUUGGAUGGAUAUAACCGCACGGCGCUCCACUAUGCUGCAGAGAAGGACGAGAGCUGUGUGGAGCUCCUGCUGGAGUACGGGGCCCAGCCCAACGCCCUGGAUGGCAACAAGGACACUCCGCUCCACUGGGCCGCCUUCAAAGACAACCCCGAGUGUGUGCGAGCGCUGCUCGACAGCGGGGCUUACCCCAACGCCCGCGACUACAAUAGUGACACGCCGCUGAGCUGGGCAGCCAUGAAAGGAAACCUGGAAAGCGUCAAAGUGCUUUUGGACUAUGGCGCACAGGUACACGUGACCAACUUGAAGGGCCAGACACCCAUCUCCCGACUGGUGGCACUCUUGGCACGCGGCCUGGGCACCGAGCAGGAGGAGGAGUGCCUGGAACUGUUGUGCCGUGCAGCCGGGCGUUUCGAGAUCCGCCGGGCCGACGGAACGCUUCCCAAGGAGCUAAGUAAGGAUCCUCAGCUGCUUGCCAGGCUCAGCGGCAUGGUGGCCAAAGCGCCUACACUGCGUUCUCUCGCACGUUGUGUCGUGAGGCAAAGUCUUGGCGUGCGGUUCCUGCCCACAGCAGUCAAAGAGCUUCCUCUACCAGAGACCAUCAAGGAAUAUCUCCUCCUCAGAGACUAAGACAGUGUCGGGUGAAAGCGGAGUAUUUCUCCUCUCCUCAAAUAACCACGACAGCCUCUCAUGCCCCUUUCCCACUGUGCACUAUCGGAUCGCCUCAGUCGAAAGCUGCGCUGCACUGUCCAAACGGGAGAUACUAGCUAAAGUAACUCACUCACUCUACUCUCGUUUUACGAUCCAGCUGUAAUCGGGAUAUUGGAAAAAAAAAUAUCUAUGAGGGUAGAUGUGUCAAAUGUUUCUUAUAGGAGGAAAAAGCUAAACUCAAAAGACAGGUAUAGAACUGAUUUAACACAAUAGUGUUUU